AGAGGCUUAGCUUUCUAGCUAUCUAGCUAGGCUUGGAGUCCUACAUCCUCAAACCAUUAUAAAUAUGUUCCCUCAAUCUCAAUAUCUUUCAACAGAUAGCUUGUGUUAAGGUCAUUUUUUCCUAUCUCACUGCACACAACUUUUCUCCUCUCCUUUUCUUCGCUAAAUUUUUAUCACAUUUUCUUCUUGUCUUCUUACUAUGGGGGGUAGUUCUCCGUGUGCUUCCUGCAAGCUGUUGAGACGACGAUGUGCCAAAGAUUGUGUUUUUGCACCAUACUUCCCUUCCGAUGAUCCUCAUAAGUUUGCCAUUGUCCAUAAGGUCUUUGGAGCUAGCAAUGUUAGCAAGAUGUUGCAGGAUCUUCCACUACAACAGCGAGGAGAUGCGGUGAGCAGUCUAGUAUACGAAGCAAAUGCAAGAGUUCGAGACCCAGUUUAUGGAUGCGUUGGAGCAAUCUCCUACCUACAAAACCAAGUCUCACAAUUGCAAAUGCAACUAGCAGUUGCUCAAGCUGAGAUUCUUUGUAUCCAGAUGCAGCCAGAAUCAACUAUGCCCAGCACUCAACAUCAGCUUCAGUUAGAUACUCUUAAUCAUCAUCUUACUCAUUUCACUUCAGAUAUUGAGAAAUCAGCACUGUUUAAUCUUCAAAAUCACCAUCAUUCCAAUAACCUCAACAUCAACAGUCUACUUCCUGCUCAGUAUCUCAACUUUACAUCUUCUAAUAAUAGUAAUGUAAUUCACCAAGAUCCUCUAAAAAGAGAGUCUCUUUGGACAUGAUCAUAAGUACUACUUUAGUUUCAUGAUGUUUAAU